GAAGUUCUCCGACCUUCCAAAGACACCAAAUACUCCUGGCUCAUCAUAUCCCACCUCUACUCCCUCUGUUUCUCUCUCACGUCCUAAGCAAGGGGUGUAACAGUACACCCGCAAGAAAAUUUGUAUUGUUUUUUCAGGAAGAAAACUUGGGACAGCCAUGAACAGGUGGUGGAAUAAGAAGGGAAACACUAAACGCCAACCCGGAGGAGAGGAAGGACCUACUCCAAUACAAGCAACCGAUGACAGUACGGUGCAUGGUGUUCCGAAGUAUGAUUUUAAAGUACUAGCAGAAGCAACUGGUGAUUUCUCCAAUAACAACCGCCUUGGUCAGGGUGGUGUUGGUCAAGUUUAUAAGGGAAAACUUCCAAAUGAUAACAAAGUUGUUGCAAUCAAGAGGCUUAUACAUCAUUCUGAUCCGGAGAUAGAGAAAUUGGCACAACUGCAAUUUGAGGUUGAGGUUAAAACCCUUAGCCGCAUCCGUCACCGGAAUAUUGUGAAGGUGGUAGGAUACUGCAGUGAUAAAGCUGAUAGAUUGCUUGUUUAUGAGUUUGUUUCUAACAAUUCAUUAAAAUCUCAUCUGAAUGGAAAGGGGAAAACAUCACAGGAAACGGAAACCCAGACAAUUGAUUGGUCAAACAGGAUGAAAAUUGCUUUGGGUACCGCAAAAGGAUUGGCAUAUUUGCAUGAAGACUGUGAUCCUAGAAUCAUUCAUCGAGAUAUUAAAAGUGAUAAUAUUCUUCUCAAUGAUGAAUUUGAACCAAAGAUAGGAGAUUUUGGAAUUUCCAAAGAUUUUCCAGAUUCUGCUACUCAUAUUUCCACUGAAACAAGGGGAACUCAUGCUUAUGCCCCCCCUGAGUAUUACAUCAAAGAUGGCCAACAUAGAAAGCUCACCGAUAAGUCUGAUGUCUUUUCCUUCGGUAUUGUGCUUCUGGAAUUAAUUACGGGAAAACUAGCCCUUUUUGAAAAGAAACGCAAGGACUAUAUUCGCUUAGCUGUUUGGGCAAUCCCUCUACUCAAACAAGUUUUGGAUAUAGACAAACAAGAUUUGGAUGUAGAGGAUUGUAAAGAUCUUUUUGAUUCCAAAUUACAAAAAAAAUAUAAUAAAGAUGAAAUGAUGCGGAUGAUUUAUUGUGCUGCGGCAUGUAUAUAUAAACCUGUGAAAUUACGCCCAAAAAUGAGCCAGAUAGUUGAAGUAUUGAAAGGAAAUAUGGAACCGAAGAAUAUAUGGGCCAAAAAUGACAGCAAGUACCUAUACGAAGGGUCACCAUAUGCUCAAUUACCUCCAUUACCCGAGGAAACUUCAGACUCUUAAAACCUCUUUUAUUUUGAAAAUAUGAAUUAACCUCGCUUUUAUUUUUAAAUAAAAGUUUUUGUGAGCUUGUAUUUAUGUUUAAUGUCCAUUGUUGUACUAUUUAA